AUGCCGGCUCCACUCCUCGCCGGCAUGGUGGCCGCGCUCGUGGUCCACGCCAUCGGGCUGAAGGCGGCGCAGUCCGAUCAGGCGUGCAGCCUGCCUCAGUACGACCCCGAGCAUUCCCACCGGAUGAUCAACACUCAUGGGCCAUGGUCUGAAGGCCGAAUACAAUUACCGCCGCCCACCGAUAAGCACAUUUUAGUAGUCCCGAAGUUGAAGCUGAUCUUCUGUUUCAUACCCAAGGUAGCCUGCACACAGUUCAACAGGCUCAUGAACGAUCUGAAUGGCAUGACCCAUCGGCUUGGCGAGAAUUGUGGAAAUCAUGAUCCGAUAUUUGCGUCUAGCGUGCGUUACCGCCACAGCAUUGGCAAUGCAUGGAGCUGGGACUUGAUGGAGGACCCAUCCUGGACAAAGGCUGUAUUCUUGCGGGAUCCACUGGAAAGGUUGGUCUCUGCUCACCGGUCGAAGUGUGAGAACGACGAGUGCGGAGGUUGUUUGGAGCAUAAUUUUACCAAGGGCAUUAUGGAGGAUCUGCUUGUCAACGACAACAUGCACUACCUUCCGCAACGCCAUUUCUGUGGAGACCCCCAUAGGAACGAGACGUUAGAGACGACGCUCAAGAAUUACCAUUUUGUUGGCCAUGUUACUGAGGACCAUGCUAAGGUGGCGCACCAGGUGGAGAGCAUGCUCCACCUGGCUCUCAAGAGGAGGGAGAGCCAUACAGGAGAGACUGGCCUGAUAGAUUUUGCAGCCGCUGGUGCCGAUGUCAAAAUCGCCAAGGACUCCCUGGAGGCUGGCUUCACACAGGAAUCCUUAUCCCUCGUGGCCAGGAAGUAUUUUACGGAUCGCUCUGAAGACAAUGUGGAUGUGAGGGCUCCUGAUAGCAGGCCAGAAAAUGACGAACAGCUGCCUGCCGAUGCAGAGACUCUAGAUUCUGUGGCGGAGACGUAUUUUCCCAGAAGCGCCAUCACGUCCGAGCAUGCUGGGUCAGACCACGAUACCGGUGUGAGCAGGGAGUUCGCCAGCCGCUAUUUUACGACGCAGACUCUGGAAGUGGCUCUCGAAUAUUACGCCAAGGAUUAUCGAGUACUCCCUGGCUUGAGUGUUCCUCGCUGGGUUGACCAGACGCUAGAGUGCCUGAGGAUCACCACUGGGGAUGGCAUCGACGAUUCUGGCCACCUCCGUGUGAUGGUCGAAAUCGUUGGGGAGAACGGUCCGGUGUCUACGCAGGCGGCGGAAGGCUUCUUUUCUCGCAGCAGCACGGUGCUCGACAAGUGCUGGGGCCAGGUGUUGAGCGUUAGGGUGCAGAGCUCCGGCCCGGACAGCUGGCGGGGGUCGGUGGAAUUGUCACCCGAUGGCCGCGUCUCGUUUGGGACUAUGAGGUGCUCCGAGUGCUCAUCUGGCAAUAGCAGAGAUAUCUCUGUGGCGAGCACGGGGGGAUCGAGGAUUUCCGGCGAGCAAGCCCAGGCAUCGUGCCUGGACGGGGCUGCCUGCGAGCUCUUGAAGGAGGAGUCGCCGCCGCCGCGGCCCUCGGCUGCCCCAGCGCGCGCGCCUGCAGCCCUGGUGGGCACCGAGGGGCUGCAGGAGGCCAUCCCCUCCGGCUACACGCAGGCUGGCAGGAACUGCGACUGCGGGCACACCAUCGCGGAGAGUGGAGCUCGGAGCAGACUAUUGACCUGUGCGCGGAGGCGUGCGAGGGCGCCCUUGGGUGCGCGGCCUUCGCGGUCUGGAACAGCCCCGCCACCUUCAAAAGCAUGUGCCGCCUGUUUGACAAGAACUGCGAGGAUCGGGGAAACGACGGCCGGCAACCGUGCGACAGCUUCAACAGACUGGCCGGCGCGAGCCCCGGCAGCGGCGCGGCCCGAUGAGCAGGCCGUUCGUGCUACAGAGCGCCCCCGUGUCGCCCACUCGCUGCGCCCAGGCGUCGGGGCUCCAAGCCGAGCCUGGCGUGGCCUUCGUGGCUGGCGCCGGUUCCCCUCCUGCUCCCGCUUCUCUUGGCUCUUGGCUAAAGCUGGGCAGUUGCUGGUGGGGUGCUUGCGUGUCUGCGCGCGGGAUAAACAGCUUGUCCUCCGCACUCCACACCAUAUCUGUCCUCGUCUUGCACUGCCCCUCCUCAGUCCUGCGUCCUCCCCGGCAGCGGAGAGCUUGCACAAUCGGUGUAGCGGAGUUGUAAAGAGUUCGCAGGGCGGUGCAGCCAGCACCAACCGUUGA